AUGUUGGGACAUAGUCGGUCGGCAGUUGUGGAGUUUGUGCAAGGUUGCUGGAGGGAACCGGAACGAGUCAAGGAAGUUAAUGCCACUAUUGUAGCUCUGAUCCCGAAGAUUCCACGACCGACGACUAUCCAGCAGUACCGACCGAUUAGUCUUUGCAACGUGGCUUAUAAGGUGAUCAUGAAAUGUUUAGCUGAGAAACUGAAGCCGCUUAUGACCCAGUUGGUCCAUGAGACCCAGACGAGUUUUGUUUCGUGGCGGCAAAUUACUGAUAAGAUUUCUAUUUUGCGGGAAGUUGUUCAUUCGAUGAGAGCUAAGACGGGAAAAGUCGGGUGGAUGACUCUAAAAAUUGAUUUGGCCAAAGCAUACGAUCGUAUCAAAUGGAGCUUCGUUCGCGAUACUCUGGUUGCUGCGAAAGUCCCCCAGGAUUUCAUUGAGCUAACUAUGAGCUGCAUCACUACCGCUAGCAUGCAGAUUCAAUGGAAUGGCGGGCUAACAAAGGAAUUUAGGCCAUCGAGGGGUCUUCAUCAAGGCUGCCCUCUUUCCUUGUACAUAUUUACGUUGUGCAUGGAGUGUCUUGGUCAACUGGUCGAGGCUGCAGUAGCAAGAGGAGAUUGGAAGCCAAUCAGAUUAUCGCAGAGGGGUCCAUUGCUGUCACACUUGUUCUUUGCUGAUGAUCUAAUCUUUUUUGGUGUGUCCUCUAUGGAGCAGGUUCAAGUGAUCUCUCAAUGCCUUCAGGAGUUUGGAGCUGCCUCUGGUUAG